AUGUGGGCUCUAGAUUUGGCGCGCUGCAUAUCAUUCGCUCAACACCAACUGCCGUAUGUAGCACGAAAGUCGUUUUCCCGGUAUUCCAACAUUCUCAUUUUCACUGGUCAGGGAGCUCAAUGGCACGGGAUGGCGCGCCAACUGCUUGAUUAUCCUGUCUUUCUGAAUAGUAUUGAUUUUUCCGAGAAAUUAUUCUGCUCCCUGGGCAGUGAGUGGUCUUUGAAAGAUGAGCUUAGAAGGGACAAGCCCACUUCAAACUUAGACAAGCCGGAGAUCUCCCAACCUAUUUGUACUGCCCUGCAAGUAGCUUUGGUAGAACUUCUGGGUAGCUGGAACGUGCACCCUACCGCUGUCGUAGGACACUCAUCUGGUGAAAUUGCAGCAGCAUACUGUGCUGGCGCGCUCUCGCGAGAAGCUGCACUAACCAUAGCAUACUAUCGCGGGAUACAUUGUGCUUUGCUAUUGUCUAGCUCGCUGCAAUGUGGAGCAAUGCUAGCUGUCGGAUUAUCCGAAGCGGCUAUUGCGCCAUAUUUUGCACGGGUCCCGAUUGAAUUCGGACAAAUAGCAGUGGCCUGCAUCAACAGCCCUCAUAGCGUCACAUUGUCAGGUUCGGAGCACGGUAUCGACUUUGUGCAUGGCAUUCUGGAGCAAGACAAGAUAUUCUGUCGAAAGCCAAGGGUAAACCUUGCUUAUCAUUCUUCUUCCAUGGUGCAUGUCGUGCCCGGAUAUCUAGCUAGUCUCCAAAACGUACCUUUUCAACAACCUCCAUUAGUCUCGAAGACUUCCAGAGCAUCUAUGUUCUCUACUGUAAGUGGAGAAGUCGUCCAGACUGAAUACUUGGGUCGCGCAGAGUACUGGACACAUAGCUUGACCUCGAAAGUCAAGUUCUCAGACGCUGUUGAAAAAAUGCUUCUCGGAGAGUUUGAAUCAUCAACAGAACUUCAUGAUUGGGCUGAAGUCAUCAUGAUUGAGAUUGGUCCAAGCGCAGCUCUGAGCCGUUACACAAAGGAGAUCUUGGCUGAACUUGAUCUGAACAAGGCAAGCUACGACACUGCGCUCAUGAAAGGGAGAUCAGCAUCACAGACCACUAUGGAACUCGCAGGAAGACUCCACUACCGAGGGUAUGGUGUCGAUCUGGUGGCCGUGAAUGCAUCUACUUCUGAGGCGAAGUCUAAAAUGCUUGUCAAUCUCCCUGAGUACCAGUUCAACCACUCAAAGCAAUACUGGCAUGAAAGUCGACUUAGCAAAGGCUUCAGAUUUCGUCGUCAUGCUCGUCAUAAUCUGUUGAGGACACCUUCCUCCGAUGUCAACGCACUCGAGCCCCAAUGGAGGAAUAUCAUUCGAAUUCACGAGAACAAGUGGGUUCUCGAACACAAGUUCAACGGGUCUCAUAUCUAUCCUGCUGCUGGAAUGAUUGUCAUGGCGGUGGAGGCCGUGCGCCAAGUCUCAGACCCUUUGCUUGUUCUGACGGGCUAUAGGUUGAAAGAUGUGAAAUUUGUGAAAGCACUAGUAAUUUCUCAGAGUUCUGAGAGCGUGGAGACACAAAUAGUUCUCAGAAGUCGCAGUGAUAGCAUUGGCCCAAAACUUCGUGGGUACGAGUUCCAGAUCUUCAUGUGCUCUCGCGACGAAUGGUCUGAAAUUUGCCGUGGUUCUGUUAGAGCCGAAUAUGAUCACGUGGACGGCGAGAAGCACGACAUUGAACGAUUCAAAAGUUCAUUUGAUGCGAUCAGCAAUAGCUGCACCGUGGCUGUCGACUCCAAGCAGCUGUAUCACAACCUGGAGACUUAUGGGUUUUGUUUCGGGCCGUCGUUCCAAACUCUUGAGGCAGUUAGAUACAGCAAGACUGGUAAAGCCACUGCAUCGAUCAGCCUUCAAAAGUCGGCUUGUCAGGAAACUCAAGACCAUGUCAUUCAUCCUACCGCUCUUGACGGUCUAUUUCACCUCACCGCAGUGGCCGUCUCUCAGGGUGGGUCGGUCGCAAUUCCUACUAUGGUUCCAACCCAGCUCCGAGAAUUAUGGAUUUCGAAUUCGUUAGUGACAGGCAUAGCCGAAGAUAGACUUGAGGUCUGCUCAAGUCUUACGUUCAAAGGAUAUCGGGAGGGGGAGUUUGAUCUACUUGCCGCUAAUCCAUAUGACAAUGAGCCUCGAAUCAUUGUCAAAGCGUAUCGGGGAACGGCAAUAACUGGCUUAGACAUACCGGCUCCUUCGGACAAUCUGGACAUGAUGGACAAGGAACAAAUAUCACGAUAUUGUGAAGCGAAAGGCGAUGGGUCGGGAACACAGAUUACGGACCAAAUCGACGAGUUGGAGCUAGCCUGUCUCUAUUUCAUGAAAGAGACUAUUCAUUCUUUAUCAGAAUACAAAGUCAACGAAGCUAAUUCGUACUUGCAACGAUACCUCGCCUGGAUGCAAUACCAGUUGGAACGUGUCGACACAAGACUCAUCUCGGAAGGCAACCCUUUGUUCCUUGCUGGUGUGGAGCAUACGAAUGAAUAUUUACGUGUUCUUGAAAAUAGCGGGCCCGAAGGGAGGCUUUACAUUACCGUAGGCAGCAACCUCAUGUCCAUACUCCAAGGCGACGUAGAUCCCCUCGAUUUACUCUUCCACGGCUCCUUUGCACAUGAUUUUUACCAUAGCGACGCGUUUGCGGCGAACUAUAUGAAGCUAGCAGCCUACAUUGAUUUGCUUGCCUACGCAAACCCGAACUUGAGUGUCAUCGAAGUCGGUGCUGGGACGGGAGCCGCUACGCGGCAAAUCAUGAAAGUGCUGUCAUCCGAGACAGGAACGCCGAGGUAUCGCGAAUACACGUUCACGGACAUCUCCUUAGGAUUCUUUGAGGAAGCAAGGCAGACUUUCCAUACCCAGACAGAUUGGAUGACCUUCAAAGUCUUGGACAUCGAGAAAGAUCCACUGGAGCAAAAUUUUAAGGAAGCCGCUUACGACCUGGUCAUUGCUGCGGGUGUUCUGCAUGCCACUGCCAACUUGGAUGUCACAUUGCGGAACACCAGAAAACUUCUCACGCCCCAUGGCAAGCUUAUAAUGUUCGAGCCAUGCAACUUAACUUGCUUAAGGGUUCCCUUCGUGUUUGGAUUGUUGCCCGGUUGGUGGCGUGCCACAGAAGAGAAUCGAAAUAUGGGACCUCUGUUGUCAGAGGAUGAUUGGCAUAAGACUCUACUAAGAAAUGGAUUCACGGGGAUCGAUUUCUGUCUAAGGGAUAGCCAAGAACCGAUAAAGCACACGUUUAGUGCUAUUUUCUCGACAGCUUCCAACGACUACACUGCUCCAGCCGGCAUUGCAAAAAUAACCAUUCUCGUUUCCGAACAUUCCUCGCUGCAGAACGAUCUUGCCCAAGGCUUCGACUCUCAUAUUAGCGCGCUACCAGGCACAACUUGUGAAAUAAGUCAUCUGCAAGACAUUCAAUCCAACAUCAACCAUUCCAGAUUCUUUAUUUCCUUACUUGAAUUGGAACAAUCAGUCUUCUUUGACCUCAAUGACCAAGACUUUGUCAAUUUCAAGUACAUGGUUCAGAGGUCCAACAAGGUCCUAUGGAUAACUCAUGGCGGAGGCGAGCAUGCACUGAGACCGGAAUCCGAUAUCAUUCUGGGGCUCAGCAGAUCUCUUCGUUCAGAAAAGAGUAAUCUCAAUUUCGUCACGUUAGCGCUGGAAGACAUUUCAUCGAUUUCAACUGCGGUCAACAACGUGAUGAAAGUGGUCAAGAAGACUCUACUCCCACUUGCCGAGUCAAACGAGUCAGAGUAUAUGGAGAGAAACGGAUUGAUGUGCCUUAGUCGGAUCACAGAAGCUAAUGAUCUGAAAUUCAAUAUCAACUCAAAAGCAAUGACACGGAAACCUGAGAUGAAGAAAUUCGGCGGAAAUAGCGGUCAAGGGCUAGAAGUGGCUAUUGAGUCUAUUGGAUUACUGGAUUCAUUGUGCUUCGUCGAAGAUUCCGAGUUUGAGCGGCCGUUAGACGCGAAUGAGGUUGAGAUUGAAGUCAAGGCCGCAGGCAUUAACUUCAAAGAUGUCAUGGUUGCACUUGGUCAAGUUCCAGACACGCACAUUGGUUUCGAAUGUGCGGGAUUGGUAGCUCGAGUUGGUCUGGAUGCAGAACUGAAGGUCGGCGAUCGUGUUUGUUGCAUUGCCAGUGGGGCGCUCAAGACAUACGCUCGAGCUGAUAUCGCGUUGGUCCAUAAGAUUCUAGAUGACAUGCCAUAUCAGCAUGCCGCCGCCUUGCCAGUAGUAUACUGCACAGCGUACUACGCACUAUUCGAUCUUGCGCAUCUCAAGUCCCAAGAGUCCGUCUUGAUUCAUUCUGGAGCCGGCGGCGUCGGACAGGCCGCAAUUCAGUUGGCGAGAUCAGUCUAUGCGAACAUAUUUGUAACCGUUGCCAACGAUGAGAAGAAGGCCCUCUUGAUGGAUUUAUACGACAUUCCUGAAGAUCACUUCUUUUCUAGUCGCAACACCUCCUUCUGCCAGGGAAUCCACAGGAUGACCGAAGGUAAAGGAGUCGAUGUCGUUCUCAAUUCUCUCUCUGGCGAAGGAUUGAGCAGAUCAUGGGAAUGUGUCGCUCCUUUCGGCAGAUUCAUAGAAAUUGGGAAGAUGGACAUCAUGUCCAAUGAAAAGUUACCUAUGCUUCCAUUUUCCAAGAACCUGACGUUUGCAUCAGUUGAUCUUUCGAUCAUGGCUGUCCAUGCAAUACCACUUAUGGCAGAGCUCCUCCGGAAGGUCUUGGCAUUGGCAAGUGCACAGCCUGCUGUGAUCACUGCUCCAACACCCCUUCAUGUAUAUCCGAUCUCUGAGAUCGAAGCAGCGUUCAGGUAUCUACAGAGCGGCAAGAAUACUGGGAAAACGGUCGUUGAGGUACAUGAACAUGAUGUAGUGCCGGUUCUACCCCGUAAUCGACCUACGUGGCGAUUCGAUUGCGAUUCGAGCUAUAUGAUAUCGGGAGGGCUCGGGGGUCUUGGUCGGAGUAUGACACGCUGGAUGGCAAGCCGGGGAGCCAAAAACAUCAUAUUGCCCUCACGGUCGGGCCCUGUGAGCGGUGUUCUUGGAAACCGGAGUCAGAGCAACUAUGCUGCAGGAAAUACGUAUCAAGAUGCCAUUGCUCGUCACCGGGUUUCUCUGGGCCAGAAAUGUGUUUCCCUCGACCUCGGAAUGAUACUGUCUGUGGGUUUUGCAGCAGAGCGAGUGCAUGUUACCGAGUCACUAAAAGCAGCCGGCUAUCAGGGCAUUCGGGAGAGUGAGUUUCUGGGCAUGCUGGACGAAUUAUGCAACCCGAGCCGCGAUCUCCCCCUACUACUCAAAUUUCAGGUCAUCACUGGGUUGACGACGCCACAAUCACUGAAGUCAAAAGGCAUGGACGAAAUGUUCUGGAUGGAGCGACCAAUUUUCCGUUUGUUACACAACUUUGAACGCUCGAAAAUCAGCACGACAGCAAAUGAGUUAAAUGACAAAUUCGACUACAAAACUUUGUUCCGACAAGGAGGAAAGUCUAUAGAAGAACUGGGUUACCUUGUCACUCAAUCUUUGAUCAUGAAGCUAGCGAAGGCAGUAUCAAUACCAGAGGCCGACAUUGAUGCAAGUAAACCAAUAUACGAUUUUGGCGUUGAUUCUCUCGUGGCAGUCGAGAUUCGAUAUUGGAUUCUGAAGGAGUUUCAAACUGAAGUUGCGAUAUUCAAUAUCUUGGGUAGCAAAAGUAUUGAGGAGCUGGGCUUACUCGUGGCACGUAAAAGUCCGUUCCUGAAAGAGUCGAUAACCGAUCAUCAAGAAGACUGAGGACCUGGAGGCAUGUAUUCCGUCCAGAGCGAGUGCGAAU